GGUGAUGUCACGAUCGUUCAAACUCCACCAUCCGUUGUCGUCUCCAGCGACCUUCUUUCGUUCCCAAAUCCCAAUUGCCAUCCGUCGCCUCGACUCGCAUCGCUUCCUGCGAAAUCCUAGCCCAGUGGUAGUUGAUGGGCGAUUGAUCUCUUACGUCUGCUGGUGGAUGAUUGAGAUUUCGUUCGCGCGGCCGGAAAAUUGCUAGUCCUAGGAGGGCUGGCUUCAUUAAUUCAACCACGGCUCCGAGAAAAGAAUACCGUCCUUUAGAUCGUAGGGGAAGACCAUGCUUUCAGCACUUUCCUAAGUUUUUGCUUGCCUCCCCUUCUUUCCACGGCGGCAGGGGUGCCCUACCUUCAGCUGGGGGGCAUCCUUCGGAUCUUACGUUCCUUGCUGGUGGCGGGCAAUCUGAUCUGCACUAUAUCUUAGUGUGUAGUUUCUGAUAUUUAGUUCUGGUUAAGCUUUUCUAGCAGGACGGUUAUGGCCCCAGUUGGGCAUGUUGAAAGUGAAUGUACGCUUCAACGGGAGAGCACGAGAACCGAGCGGUGUAAAAGUCAUCAAGUGCCUAAUUGCAUUACGAAUAUCUAUCAUCUUGGUAAAUCUAUUCAAGAUGAUGAUGUUUUAGGUGACUUGCCAUGCUCUGAGGCAAGAAGUCAUAGUCUAUUGGACAUUCUUCUCCUUUCUCAGUGGGAGGAUCAUGCCUUGAAGGGAAAUCUUAGAUAUGAUGUCAGCACUUGUCAAAUGAAGAUAGUUUCUGGUGCAAAGAAGUUCAUUGCUCAGCUGAAUGAAAAUUGGAACUUAAAUACCCUUAUGGACUUUGAGAAGAAAAGCUUUCAAGCCCGUGGGCCUUACUGCUUUAGUGAUGUUAAACCUCACAGGGAGGAUUUACUAAUUUGUGUGACUUUUGGAGAAAAGGAGGGUUCUGAACUUGUUUCAUCAUCUAUCCUUCCUAAAGAUGGAGUUUUAGUUAUUGCAAAUGCAAAUCCUGUGGAAUAUGGGCACAUAUUCUUAGUACCAUAUGAUGUCCAUAAGAUGCCUCGGCUGUUAGAUAAGAGAGUUCUUGAAUUGAUGACACAAAUUGCGGCUGAAGUAGCCAAUUCCUCUUUUCAUAUCUUUGUGGAUUAUGAUGGUUCUGAAAGUAUGGAUCAUAGAGGUUUUCAGGCGAGCUACUUUGCAGACCCUUUACCUGUGGAGCUUCUUCCCAGCAUCCCUGUUUAUGGUAAUUUGCUUUCAACAGGUAUAUAUAUCGGUGAAGUAGCAGAUUAUACUUUGAAAGCUUUAGUCUUUGUGAGCAAGAAUUUCAACAAAACAGUCCAAGUUGUUGGAGAAAUAUGUGCUUACUUGUGCGACAACGGUAGUGCAUUCAGUCUGCUCAUCUCUGACUGCGGCAAAAAGGUGUUUUUGUUUCCUCAGGUUCGUGCACCAUUUAGGUACCAACUUUCUGCCUGGGAAUGUGGAGGUUAUUUCAUCUAUGAUACACAAUCUGAUUUCAACCAUGUCACCGAGUCGUAUAUAUGCAGCCUUCUCGCUUCCGUGUCCCUCGAUGCUCACAAUUUCAAAACUCUCAAGCAACAAUGCUGUACUGCUGUAUCCAAGUUCAUGAUUUGAAUCUCCCUCCCCUCGCAACUAUGGCUCCACUGCUACUCUCUCAUCUUUCCUAGUUCAUCGUGUGAUAUACUGUGCCUAAAACAAAUGAUUGAGAAUUGCUAGUGAGCAUAAAACAUAUGUUUGCCGCUGUCACUCUUUUAUCGUAAAAUGAUGACCCUAAACCUGUGUAAUAGGGAUGUAAAACUCGAAGUCAGUUCCCUUUGUUAUUUCUCACAAUAUAUGCUGCCAACUCGCCAAACUGUAUUUGGCUGCUGUUAAA